GGGCUUCCUUGGCCCCCUAAUCGCUAUUUUGGGUGUAUUUUGACGCACUAGGGCCUGCUUUGGGCGACACUGCGUUUAAAGGAUUCAACUAACUGACCAUCCAGCUACAUGGGAUAAGAAGGUUCUCUACAUUGGGCAACUGCCAAUGAAUGUCCCGUAAGAGAUGAGCUAGCCUAGAAUGACAACUCCUGCUGCUUGACUAUUGCCCCUUCCCCCUCAGCACUUGCAGACCGAUUUUAUCCUGGCAGCAUGCCCCCCGUCAUGCAGAGACCUAUAAUAAACAUCUUAUCUCGAGCAAGAACUAAAAUCGCCAACCUAAGUUCUUCAAAAAGAUUCUCAUCAGCGAACAACAAAUCAACAAAAUGCUACCAUCGGCAGCACUAACGCUUGAACCCCCGGCCAGCAUGGCAGCCGAAUACAUGAACGGAAUAAAAGUAAUUUCAGAAGGUUUAGACUCUACAUCUGGAAUGACAUUGCACGAGAAACAGGGACUUCUAUCUGCAGCGAAACAGCUUGUCGACAAACUGGAGGGACCUGAAACUGGGAUUUGGAAAGUUGUCUUCGGACCCCAAGCAAAUGCGACACUCAGAUCAGCUAUUGAGAUACGGAUCUUCGAGGUCUUCGAGGACAAUAAUGAGCCGAGAAAUGCUGAUCAGCUUGCGAGGCAGACUGGAGCCGAAAAACUACUACUGGUCCGUAUCAUGAGAGCACUUACUUCCGUCGGAAUCUUCACCGAAGUUGGCGAAGAGACAUACACUCAUAACAUGCGAUCGAAACUAUUCACUAAUAUCACCUUUCGCACUAUGAUGCGCGGAAUGUCCUCGAUCCUGGCUCCUUAUCUCGUAAAGUUGCCGGAGUAUCUCUCUAGCACCUCCUUCCAAAACCCAAGCAAUGGGGAACAAAAUCUGUUUCAGUACACUAUGAACACCAAGAUGGAUUACUUUGACUGGCUACAUACCCAGCCUCGCGAUCUCGAGAUCUUCAGUGCGGCUAUGCAAGCUUCUUCACAGGGAAGUCAAAGUGCCGCUGCGGAGCUUGUGUCCUCCCAAUUUCCGCUAUCAGAUGUUUUAAACUGCGGUACCAAGAAUUCUGAAGAACUUCAGGAAGAAAACGUACUGAUUGUUGACGUUGGCGGGGGACGGGGCAAAGUUCUGGACGAUCUUAGAAUGGCAAGACCAGAUUUACAAGGAGGCAUGAUUGUGCAGGAUUUGCCCAAGGAGAUUGAUGGGCGAGAGCCAACCCCCGGUAUUAGGAGUAUGGCGCAUGAUUUUUUCACUCCUCAACCAAUUAAAGGUGCGCACACCUAUUUCUUCCGCCACAUCUUCCACGACUGGCCCGACAAUGUCUGCAUCAAAAUUCUCCAGCAAACUACUCUCGCUAUGCAGAAAGGAUAUUCGCGAAUACUGAUUGUAGAUUCAGUCUUGCCAGAUAUGGGUGCUUCUGUAUAUGGAUCUCUUCUUGAUAUUAACAUGAUGGCGCUUUCGGGAAUCGAACGUACAGAGAAGCAAUGGAAGAAGCUUUUGGAAGGAGAAGGUUUGAAGGUCGUAAAUAUACAGUGGCCUGCUACUUCUGGGGGAAGUCGAGAUUGUGUUCUGGAGGCCGUAUUGGAGUAAAGCAAGGUCUCACUCACUAUCGCUCACUCUCUUUGGCCUUCACUCAUUUGACCAGAAAUACGCUGUUAUCCGUGAUAUCGCGAUACCCAUCUCCCAGGCAAAGCACGAAAAAUCCCAGAAAUCGUAAUCCAGAGACGCCACGUCACGUGUUUCAGAUCAUGCUCCUCAAGAGAUGUGCGAAUGUACACGUGGUAUUCUCCCUCAAGGACGUGUAGUAGAUCUCGAGCUUCGAUAAGACUAUUCAUAGCUUAAAUAGUCUAUUGAUUCUUCUAUUGAUUUCAGUAUGUGGCAUCGGGAUUUGCAAUUGGAGAGGGAGUGUAAGGUUAUUGGAUUUCUCCAAAUCAUAUACGAAUCUGCAUUCCCGAAAGGAUGCAGCACUGGCAUAUAAACUGCUCCAAUGUCUGACUACACACGCACACACGAGGGCUAGACAUGACAUGAAAGAUCAGACCUCGUACUUUUUCCUCUGUGAAUGGCGCCGGGAAGGUCUAUUAAUAGUAUCCCGUAUACGAUGGAUGGGAUGUAGGUAGACAGCACAUGAGCGAAUCAGAAAGGUUA